GCUACGGAAUCCCUGGUUCAUGAUUCGUCCUUGGAUGUGACUGAGACUACCGCCGAACUCGCUUUACUUGAAAGUGACGAGUUCUUGAAUUCCGGAUGGGCCUCGCACACAGCAAGAAGAAAACGUCUUCGAGCAAGAAGAGUUCGUCAAGCAGCGGUGGUUCCAAGUUUACCGGCGAUGGUACCUACUAUUUUCCAGGGCUCGGUUCCUGUGGCCAAAACAAUAAAUCCAAAGAUAUGAUUGCCGCCUUGAAUGCGCCUCAAAUGGGAUAUUCUGCCAACCCCAAUGCCAACCCCAUGUGUGGUCGAUAUGCCAAGGUUACCGGUCCCAAGGGAACCGUCCGUGUCAAGAUUGUGGAUACUUGUCCACCGUGUGUCAAAGGAAGUCUUGAUCUAAGCCCCGCCGCCUUCCAAAAAAUUGCGGAUUUAUCGGCUGGCCGUGUCAAGAUUACCUGGACUUGGGAUUAGAAGUUUAUUGUUGCUUCCUUUCGUCAGGUUAUAGAUCAAAUCAAACUACUUUUCUUUGUGAUCCUUCAUUUAUUCACUUCUUUCAUUUCUUUUUCACGAGUAUCUCACUAAAAAACAAUG